AUGGGUGCUUUGAGUGAUUACAACAAAUCACUUCAAAUAAAAUUAAAAUCGUUAGGGAGUGAACAUCUUGAUGUCUGUAAGUCCUAUCAUAACGUUGGCUUGGUCUACCAGAAUCAAGGCAAGCAUGACGAGGCUUUAAAGGAAUACAAUAAAUCAUUAAAGAUUAAACUGACACAACUUGGUGAUAAUCAUCCAAGUAUUGCUGAUACAUAUAGCAAUAUUGGUCUUGUCUAUGAUCGUCAAGGCAAGUAUGAUGACGCUCUAUCAAUGUAUAACAAGUCACUCAAGAUUCGACAAACACAACUUGGCGACAAUCAUCCAAGUAUUGCUACAACAUAUAACAACAUUGGUCUUGUCUAUCAUCAUCAAGGCAAGUAUGAUGACGCUCUAUCAAUGUAUAACAAGUCACUCAAGAUUCGACAAACACAACUUGGCGACAAUCAUCCAAGUAUUGCUACAACAUAUCACAACAUUGCAAGUGUCUAUGAUAAUCAAGGCAAGUAUGAUGACGCUCUAUCAAUGUAUAACAAGUCACUCAAGAUUAAUCAAACACAACUUGGCGACAAUCAUCCAAGUAUUGCUACAACAUAUCACAACAUUGCAAGUGUCUAUGAUAAUCAAGGCAAGUAUGAUGACGCUCUAUCAAUGUAUAACAAGUCACUCAAGAUUAAACUGACACAACUUGGCGACAAUCAUCCAAGUAUUGCUGAUACAUAUAACAACAUUGCAAAUGUCUAUCAUCGUCAAGGCAAGUAUGAUGACGCUCUAUCAAUGUAUAACAAGUCACUC